ACAAGGAAGAGUGUGGCAGAAUACACGAGUGUGUAUCUCUGUGAAGGUGAGAAGAGAGCUGAGAGUGUAAAACAGUAGAGGAGCGUGUGAGUUGAGUGAGAGAGUCUCAUCUUCCGUUGUAAACUCUAUUUAUUUUAUUAGAAAUCUCUUGUUCUAUCUGCGGACAUAGGCAUUGAGGCCGAACCACAUAAAUAUUGUGUGUCAUUGUUGCGUAGAUUAUUUCUAAUAUUUCAGAGCUUGGAACAGCUCCUGUGUUCAGUUAUUCUGGCAACACCGGCCCUGACAAAUGGGGAAGCUUGAGCCCUCUUUACGCGACAUGCUCGAAUGGAAAAGCGCAGUCUCCAAUUGACAUUGUAAAGAACAAAGUUGUUCGUAAUAAAAACUUGAAGCCCUUAAGAAGAGAAUAUUAUCCUGCAAACGCUACAUUGGUUAACCAUGGCUACAACGUUGGGCUGGUAUUUGGAAAUGCUGGAGUCUUGAUUUUAAAUGGCAAGAACUACACCUUGCUUCAAAUGCACUGGCAUUCUCCUUCUGAGCACAAAAUCCAUGGUGUCACAUUUGAUGUAGAGCUUCAUCUAGUCCACAUGGCUAGUGAUGGAAGCCUCGCAGUUAUAGCCAUCCUUUAUAAAAUUGGUGAUGCUGAUCCUAUUAUUGCCAAGAUCCAAAGUAAAUUAGCUGAGCUAGCUAAGGAGGUGUUUACAAAUCAAGAUCAAAUCGCCGUUGGGACCUAUGACACCUGGAAAUUGAGGCGAAAUACACGCAAGUAUUAUAGAUAUAUUGGUUCUCUCACUACUCCUCCGUGCACUGAGAAUGUUAUCUGGCACAUCUUUGGCAAGGAGAGAUCAAUAUCUAAAGAACAGAUAGAAGCUUUGAAGGCUCCUGUGAAAGCAACAUGCAAGAAAAAUAGUAGGCCUGUGCAACCAUUGAAUGGGAGACAAGUUGAGCUAUUUGAUGAGUUUAGCUAAGCACAAGCUGUUAUGAAUUAGAAACAGUUCAGUGUUGUCUUGAGUUAAAAUCUAUGGCUUAAUCUAAUAUGUUUACUAAUCUAUAUAUCUCUUCUAUUGCAGCAAAUGUUUUGAGUUUUUCAAUUAUUUAUUUAUUUGUUUA